AUGUCUAGUGAUUCGAAAGAUACUAUUAGAACAUUGAUUUCUAGGUUCAAUUAUAAAAGAGUGCUUAAUUCAAAUCCACAAUUCAAAGUCAUCUCUUUACUUGGCACAAUCGAUGGUAAAAAUGCAAUUUUGACAGUAGAAAAGACCCAUUUUAUGUUCGAAGAAAACAUUCAACUACAACAACAAAAACCAUCGAUUUAUAGCAACAGAAACAAUAAAAGCACUAGAGAUAGUAAAGAAGCAUCUCACCAUCCUCAUUCCCAUCCACAUCCCUAUGCUCAUGCCUCGCUCUUCAAUCAAUUAAAAGCAGAAUCACCGCCCCCAUUAUAUUAUCAUUGUAAAAAUGAAUAUUCUUGCGUACAAGGUCUACAAGAUAUUAAACAAAUUACUUCAAAUGACGUCUAUUAUUGGGGCGUUGGUAUUAUCAAACAAGAUCUAAACAAAAGUCCAACUGCAAGAAUCAACCUUAUUUGGCCCGCCAAUUAUAUUCACAUAAAAAGAUUCGAUCAACAGAAUUUGCAUUUUGUAAUCGAAACUCCCGCCACAUACAUGCAGGUAGUCAAGCCUUAUAUCGAUGAACAAGUAAACGAUAACCAGAGUCUCAAGUGGAUCUAUAGGAUCUUGUACGAGGGUUCUGAUAACGAUAGAGUUUUAUAUAAAGAAGAUGAAGAUAGGGAAAGAGGUUUUUUGAUUUUGCCUGAUACAAGAUGGGACGGCGUCAACAUUGAAACUUUAUACCUUGUUGCAUUGGUCUAUAGAGACGAUAUCCGAUCUUUAAGAGACUUGAAACCUGUUCAUAGAGAAUGGUUGAUCGAAUUGAAUAAAAAAAUUAGAUCCAUUGUCCCUGCUUGCUACAAUUUUAUGGUCCGCUCCGAUGAAUUGAGGAUCUUUAUCCAUUAUCAACCUUCAUAUUAUCAUUUCCAUCUCCAUAUUAUUAAUACUAGGUAUCCUGCAGGUAAUGAAGGUCUAACUGUUGGGAAGGCUGUCCUUCUGGAAGACGCAAUUGAAGCGUUAACAUAUUCAGGCCCUGAUGGGUAUAUGGAAAGGACAAUAUCGUAUUCAAUUAGCGAAAACCAUGAUCUUUGGAAAAGAGGUUUGGAGUCUGCAAAUCAACAACAGUUUGAUAAUAUGGGGAUUCCUAGAACACCUGAGAUUGGAAAUUAA